CAAGCAUCGAAGGUAAAAAUAAUUUGGCUGAAAUGUAUUUUAAAAGUAUUAAGGACAUGGAAGCAGUUUUUGCCUCCGGAAUUAGAUGACGAAGAUGGCUUGUUUCUAUGAUAUAGUAACAAUUACACUCUGGUGGUCUUUGUUUUCAAUACAGUAUUUUUACUUAAUUUUUGGAUCUUUUCAAAAAAAAAACUUGAACGGCUUCCUUAAAUACACCAACCAUGAAUCGAAAUCACCAGCAUUGGCUUCCGACUCUACAAUUGCUAACUGGGUCAAGAACGUAUUACAAUUGUCCGAUGUUGAUACAACAAAAUGCAAAGCUCAUUCAACACGUUCUUCGAUCAGUACCAAGCCUUUUUAGAAGAAAUUGACACUAGAAAGUUAAAACAUCAUGCAAACUGGAGUCAGAGGUCAGACACGUUUGAGAGAUAUUACUUUAAGCCAAAAGAACAGCAUAUAGAAGGUACCAGAAUCGCCAAAGCGAUGUUCCAACAAACUACAUUCGCAAAAUGGUAAACAUUAAUAUACUCUUUUGGAAAGGUUCAAAGGUUUAUUAUUAUGAAAUAAAAGAAUUGAAUCUUUUAAUGUUCAAGGCUUUUCGGAAUUUUCAACACGAGUUGAGCAUGUUUAGCCUCAUUUAGUCUAAUGAUCUUCGGCUUGACGAUUGUACAUGAUGAAUUUUCAUUUGAUUUUGCUCGGUUGUCAAUCAUUAUAUCUUCAAUUUUACUUCUAUAGUCCCGUUUUAGAACUUCAAUAUCAUCAAGAGUGUUUUGUAACUGGAUCCAAAAAAACGUAGUGAGUAUUGAGGUUAAAAUAAGUCAAAGUGUUAUUGUACGGUCAAGUUUAAGUGCAAGCAAAUAAACGCCAUCAGUUCAUUGUACAUACGCUAUUUCCAGAAAGAGAUGUCGCGCUAACUUGUCACUU